CCGUCCCUUCUUAAGGCGAUUACGUAGCCGUCACGCCGCCGCGUCAGCUUGCCCACUCAAAUACUCUAUUGCGCAGAAGGUCGUGUCGCCGUCGUCCGUCUCCUCUGCCGACACCAUCUCUCCUCCUCCUCCUCCUCCUCCAUCUUCAAAUCUCUAAUUUAAACUAGUUUUAAUCUACCAAAAAUUCGAGAUGGCCUGUCUGCAGAUAGCAAGAUCCGGCUUCACUCCGGCGAUUCAAAUUCGACCAAACCUCUCUGUCCGCCGCCGCGCCGUUGCCCCCCUAGCCGUCCCGGUUCACAGUCGUCUGGAAAAGGGAAACGGUGAUUCUAAUGGAGAGGAGCCGCCGGAGUCUUUGUUCAUGAAGGAGCUGAAGAGGAGGGGAGUGACUCCCUCUUCAUUAUUGGAGGAUACUGAGAGGGCUUUUUACAGACAAGGCCAGGAAGAUUUAGCGGCGGAGGAAGAAAACGGGGGUAGGAGGGGACGGUCUAAAAGGAAUGGCGUAGCCUCGGCGGAGUACAAGAAGCGUGCCUCAGGGCAGCGGGAGCUAUCUAUGUCGCUUAACAGCGAGGGUAUUGAGGGUUUGAUUCCACGGGCGAAGUUGCUCCUGACAAUUGGAGGGACAUUUUUUUUGGGAUUUUGGCCUUUGAUCUUGAUCACAGUCUCUGCUUUUGCAGCCCUGUACUUAUACUUUGGGCCAACUUUUGUUCAUGACGCCAGCAAGAUUUCAGCAUCACCGCCGCCAUAUAUAGAGCCAUAUGAGCUUCUGAAAGAUGAAAGGAUAUCAGAAAUAGCUCCAAAUGUGAAAUAGACCACGCUCAACCUUAAUACUUCUUCUUCAUUAAGUUUGUGAAAGAGAACAUUUCCAUUCACAUGUAAUAUUCUACACCAUAGCAGUGAAUUAUGUUUGGAGGGUAAUGCAGCUCCCAAGUUCCCACUAUGUUAUUGAGAGAGUUUUUUUGUAUUGGGGCAUAGCAGAAAUGUUACAGUACCCUUAAAGCUCUUUCCUGAUUCUUUAGCUUUGUAUUAAAAUAGGACAAUUAAGCGAGCUUAUUUUGUUCAUAUACUGCACUCUCAUUGGAUUUAUAAAGAAGAAAAGCAACAUAAGCUUGUACAGAA